GAUGGUUUAUGCAAUAAACCAAAAAUGAAAGUUCUCUAUUACUAUUUGAAAUGUUUUUGCAUUGUUGGAUAUGUUAAUGCUGUUUGCCAGACUAAUAGAAUUGAGAUAGAUGGAAAUGGUUAUAAGGGAAUUACUGUAGCAGUGUCCAGUAAGCUGGACUCAUCUGAAAUCCAAAUACAAAGAUUAAAGGACCUGUUUACGGCCGCUUCUGCUCGACUGUAUAGAGCAACAAAACAUCAUGUAUUCUUUAAAGAUAUCACAAUAGUAGUACCAAAGUCAUUGCCGAUAGACACCGAUGGUUAUAUAAACGGACCCCAAAUCGAUUCUGCCCACGUAAUUGUUGAUAAAGCCAACCCACUCGCGAAUAAUAAGCCCUAUGUCUCUGGCAUGACCGGAUGUGGAAAGCCUGGGAGACACAUACAUUUAGAACCGUAUACGCUGGAAUAUCUCCCCGCUGUUGGAAAUGCAGACAGGUUAUUCGUUCACCAUUGGGGCCAUUUUAGAUGGGGUUUAUUCGACGAACAUGGUGAUACAGAGUCUCCAGUCCAGGGAUCAAAUACAAAUACCUGGUUUUAUUCAUCUGGAGGAACCUACAAACCAAAUAUCUGCGUUAAAAAUACAAAAGGUAAAAGUGAACUGAAUUAUUGUGGGAGUAAUAUGAAGUGCUCUGUGGAUGAAAAUGGUCUACCUGAAAAGAACUGUAAAUUUUGUGGAGACGAGACUGGAAACACUGUUAAUGGAUCAAUAAUGGGGAACAUAGAAAUAUCCAGUGUGGAGGAGUUUUGUGAUGAAGAAAAUAGCACUGUUCCACACAACGAAGAAGCUGAAACACCGCAGAACAAAAUAUGUCAAGGAAAAAGUGCCUGGGAAAUAAUGAGACUUCAUUCUGAUUUUAAAGAUACAACACCAGGUGCUCCAUCACAAAACACAACACCAACAUUUCGAAUUGUGAAACAGAGGUCGGGUCAAAAUUUUGUCUUGGUCUUAGACAAGUCCGGAAGUAUGACCGGUGCAAAAAUGAAGGAGUUGAAAGAGGUAUCAUCCAUUUUUAUCACAAAUUGGUUAACGAAUGGUAGUUCAGUAGGAGUGGUGGCUUUUGAUACUACUGCACGUAUUGUCUCCUCGCUCAAGCUUGUGACGUCAGAUGAGGUGCGAAAAAGUUUGGUAAAAUUGUUAGAUCGUAUUGGAGCAGGUGGAAGCACAUCUAUUGGGACUGGUCUAAGGAAAGGAAUAGAGGUUCUUAAAACAAGCGGUGAAAGUAUAGAAGGAAACGAGAUAAUUCUAGUGUCGGAUGGAGAAAAUACUAAUACACCAGGAAUCAAAGAUGUCAAAAAUGAAAUUUUAGCCGAGCACGUUUCUGUCACGACGGUUGCCAUAGGUAAAGAGGCAGACAAAGAUAUGGAAAAUCUAGCCAAGGAGAGUGGAGGCUCAAGUCAUUUUUAUUCCGGAAAAAAUAAUUCCACAGCUCUUAUUGAUAGUUUCAUUAAGAUUGCUGAAUGUGCUUCUGAUGACGAUAAUAAAAUGUACCAGAUAGAGAGCAAAAGCUUAAGUGUUCUAAAAGGUCAGAACUACAGUACCGUUGUUUAUGUUGACUCCACAUUAGGACUCGAUACAGUUUUAUUGUUGCAAGGCCCUGAUGUGAGCUAUAUUUCAGCUUCACUCAUAGGACCCGGAAAUAGGACUUGGACAUCUGAUACAUGUACAGAUUCAUGCCGUAUACAAAUUAGUGGUCUAGCAGAGGUGGGUACUUACACCGUGCAGAUUUCUUCAAUCGCCGAUAUGGACAUGAUUUUAACAUUAAUAGUGCACUCAUUUCCAAGAGAUCCCUCGGAGGAAGUAUUCACUGCGACUGCGUGGAUAUCUACAGAAUCGUUUGAUUUUUCGCCCUCUACCCCUAUUGUCCUCUAUGCUUUAGUUAUGAAAGGAUCGUCUCCAGUGCUGGAUGCUCACGUUUCAAUGAACAUCGAAGAUUCUGAAGGCGAAAUAAUACCAGUGAAUCUUUUAGAUAAUGGUCUAGGUGAAGAUAUAAUUAAAGGAGAUGGACUCUACACAGGCGUGAUGUUACCAUCUCAAAUAAAAGUAGGCGGCAGACACAGUCUUAAGCUCAUAGUAACAGGAAAAAGUGGCGAAACAAAAAUUCUUGUACCAAAAGUUAAAAGACGAAAAAGAGAAACACAGACUGAAGACACAGCCAUAAAUUUGGAAACAAAGACUGUAGAUGGUUUUAAACGAGUAGCAUCCAGUGGCUCAUUCACUGUAUAUAAUUAUAGCCAAGUGAAUAUUACUAAUGACAUCAUAUCACCGGCGCGCAUAAUAACACUCCAAGUGAUCAACAGAAAAGACAACUCUUUUAAUGUAAGCUGGAAUGCUGUUGGAGAUGACGUCACAUAUGGCAAAGCUUUGCUUUAUAACAUUUUAUUGUCAAAGAACCUUUCAACUUUACGGAACUCUCCAGAAACGGUUGAACCAUUGACCAGAAACAUACCCACCCCCUCUGAUCCAGGGAGCUUGGAACUAUUUUCUUUGGCGUUACCGGAAGUUAAUGCGAACUACUAUUUAGCAGUCCGUGCUGUCGAUGAAGCAGGAAACAAAGGCGAUGUUUCGAACAUUCUUUCUUUGUCCGUGAUUACUGACAGCACUUGGGAACGCGAGAAAUUACAAUCACCAUCUUCAUCCAACGAGGUUCUGAUAAUCGCUGUAUGCGCGGCAGCAUUAGUUUUGAUAGCCAUAGUUGUGUUUGGAUGCAUUAUUUAUAACAAAAGAAAGUCGCCUGGAAAAGGCGCAGGCGUCGUCUAAUAGCCCAGAAAUUGCAUUUACUGUUAGUGCGUAAUUGUGGAUGAAUUGACAACACCAAAACUAACCUCAGUGUACAUAAUAGCCAGAUCUAAUGCAUAUACAUUUUAACAAUAAGUGAUCAUU